UGCCGGACCGGGACCGGGACCGAGACCGGGAUUGGGAUCGGUACAGGGACCAGGAUCGGACCGGGACAGGCACAGGGACAGGAUCGGGACAGGGACAGGAUCGGACCGGACCGGGUCCCAGCCAUGUCAUCCACCGGCUGCACCUUCGCGGACCGGUGCGUGACCGUGCUGUGCUGCCGGUUCUGCCGGCAGGUGCUGAGCUGGCGGGGGAUGCAGGCGGUGCUGCUGGCCGGCACCGACACCGACACCGCCCUCUACUCCACCGACAUGCCGCCCUCGGGAGCCGUGGAUUUCACCGGGAGCUGCCGCUUCAGCGAGCUGUGCGCGUGCAGGGUGAGGAGCAUCGCCUGCCUGACGUGUGGGAAUGUUGUUGGCUACCACGUCAUCUGUCCCUGCAAGCCCUGCCUGCAGUCCUGCAACAACGGGCACCUCUGGAUGUUCCACAGCCAGGCCGUGCUGGGCAUCAACAGGCUGGACCCUUCUGGUGUGAAUGUUUUGCUGUGGGGGAACCUGCCAGCCCUGGAGGAGAGCACGGAGGGAGACACGUCCUGCACCUCCGAGGAGGAGUUCAUCAGAUGAAUUCCACCUGCAGCACCUUCCCUGCCUCUUUGCUCUGCAUUGAUUUCAUUUCACCCGCUGGCUCAUCAGAGCUUAAACAGCAGGAAAAAAAAAAUCAGAAAAUCUGGGAAAAAAAAAAAUCAAAAAAAUUGAAUUUUUCUUGCUCUUCCCCUGAAUCUGCCUGAGCAGAUCCACCUUGGAAAUGCCAACACAAAGUGCAUUUACUGAGCUCUGUUGUGCUUUUUAUUCUUAACCCUCAACAGCUGAUAAUCCUUUAUUUCUUCUUCCCCAAAGCACUUUGCACAGAGCAAAACCUCUCAGCUGCUCUUCUCAGUUCAAAGGAAUUUUCAGGAAUAAUCACCCAGGUCUGGCAGAGCUCAAAACUCCAAAUUUUCUGCUCUGGCUCUGGGAUCUGCUGCUCUUUGCAGCUCCUCUGCACCUCAGGAUGCUCCUAAAUAUGCCCUGGGAAGCCUCUUGGAGCAUUUCCAGCUUCAUUUUUCAAUACUUUCAGGGUUUCAGCACCAAAAUUUUGCUUUUCUGGGCUGUUUUAAGAGCAUUUUUGAUACUCAUGCAAUGCCACAUGGGUCUGUUAUUAAAGUUUCCAUAUCAGGGGGGCUGAGAGUCAGAAG